AUGGCGAUGACACCGGCGCACACUCUAAACCUCUGUGGCGUUCUAUCGGAGUCAAAGCGAAUCGUCAACGCUCACUCCCGCCACUUCCUUGCUUUAUCCCUCCUCUUCCUCCUCCCUCUAUCUUGCUCUAUCGUCAUCUUCCCCACCGCCUGCCUCCCCCAAACCCGACCCGACGUCGUUUUCAGCGCCGGCGAUUAUACUCUAAAGUCGCCACGAACCCUAAUUUUUCCUAUCGUCUACACUUUCGUGGUCUACCUUCUCUCCAUCUGUGCCCUAGCCACAAUUACCCACAGCACAUACCACGGUUUCUAUGGCAGACCGGUGAAGUUUCUCCCUGCUAUCAAAUCCAUAAUCUUCUCUUUCUUCCCUCUCGUUUCGACCGCAAUUGCAGCUAAGUUUUUCAUUUUUCUGAUAUCUCUGAGUUUUCUAAUGUUUGUUGUGGUAAUUAUCAAGUUAGCCCAAAACCUAGGGUUUGUAAUCGACUAUAACUCGAGUUAUUUCUUCUGGUUUUGUGCAUUUCUCGGUGUCGCUUUGAGUUUGAUAAUGGUUUAUUUCCAAGUGAAUUGGGGAUUAGCUUCUGUUGUUGCUGUUACCGAAUCGAAAUGGGGGUUUGAGCCCUUGUGGAGAAGUUCGUAUUUAGUUAACGGGAUGAGAUCUGUUUCGUUAUCAUUGAUUUUGGUUUUUGGAGUUCAGAUUGGGUUUUGGGUGUGGAUGGCCUCCAAUAGUUUGUUGGAUUUUGGCACCAUUGAUGAAUGGAGAAGCUGGGAUUUCGUCUCGCAGACGAUUAUAACGUCGGGGUUCUUGAGCAUUUUGACAUUCUUAUUGCUUCAUUAUACUGCAGCUAAUACUGUGUUGUAUAUGUACUGUAAGGCUUUACAUGGAGAAUUGGCUAUCGAGAUUGCCGAAGAGUUUGCUCGUGAGUACGUUAGUCUGCCUUUCGAUGAUGCAAAGGUUCCUCAUGUUGUUACCGUUGUCUCAGCUUGA